UGCUGUAUCGUGGUUCUCUCACGCGCGUAAUUCCUUUGUUCCCUUCCUCCUUAUGCCGCCCGAUCGGCGCCCUUCGGCCCCUUCCCCACAAAUUAAAGCUAAGAUCGACCGGUUUGUCCGGCCACGUAGCUUCUUUGCUCUCAACUUCAGGGAGAUCGAUCAAUAGUAGUACUAUGGGGAGCAGCCGGCCGCGCACCAAGGACUUCUUUGCAGCUCCGGCGCUCUCCCUCUCGCUUGCAGGUGCGUUUGGCAGGAAUGCACCGGCGGCGACUAGUGGGGAGGAAGUUGAAGAAGGCGACGAGUGGGAUGGUGGGAUCAGAGGCGAGGAGGUAGAGAUCAGCAGCGAGAACACGGGGCCGGGCAGCCCGUCCGGCGAUGGCGACGGAGAAGAAGGCCACGGCGAUGGGGGUAACAAGAAGAAAAGGAGCAGGAAGAGCUACCACAGGCACACCGCUGAACAAGUUAGGGUCAUGGAAGCGGUGUUCAAAGAGUCGCCACAUCCAGAUGAAAAGCAGCGACAGCAACUCAGCGAGCAGCUAGGCUUGUCUCCACGCCAAGUCAAGUUCUGGUUUCAGAACCGACGAACUCAAAUCAAGGCGAUUCAAGAGCGGCACGAGAACUCUCUGCUCAAGUCCGAGCUGGAGAAUGUCCAGAAGGAGAACCGCGCCAUGAGGGAGCUCGCCAGGAGACCAUCACGAUGUGCAAACUGCGGCGUCGAAGCAGCCUCGAGCGACGACGUCGACCCCGCCGCGGCGGCCAGGCAAGAAGAGCAGCUGCAGCUCGAGAACGCCAGACUCAAAGCCGAGAUAGAGAAGCUGCGAGCGACGCUGGAAAAGCCGUCUCUACCGACGGAGGCUUCCCCGGCCUUCUCCGCGGGCACCGUACUACUGCAGACGAACAGCCGGAACCCGGUGGAAGAUUACGGCGGCGGCUUAACGGGCCACGACAAGCAGAGCAUCUUGGAGCUGGCCGGCCGUGCGCUGGAAGAGCUGACGACGAUGUGUUCCAGCGGGGAGCCUCUGUGGGUGCGGAGCCUCGAGACGGGGCGAGACAUUCUGAACUACGACGAGUACCUGCGGUUGUUCGGGCGUGACGAUGAUGGCUCCGGCGAUCAGCGAGCCGGGUGGUCGGUUGAGGCGUCACGGGAAAGCGGGGUUGUUUACAUUGACGCGACGCAGCUCGUGCAUGCUUUCAUGGAUGUGAACCAAUGGAAAGAGCUAUUCCUUCCCAUGAUCGCGAAGGCAUCGACGCUGGACGUGAUCCGUACGGGCGAGAACGACGACGACGACGGUCCAGACGGCGUCGUGCAAUUGAUGUUCGCAGAGGUCCAGAUGCUGACACCGAUGGUUCCCACAAGGGAGCUCUACUUCGCCCGCUACUGCAAGAAGCUGGCCGCCGAGAAAUGGGCCACCGUGGACGUGUCCUUUGACAAGGCAGACGCCGGUGGCAUGGACCCAUCGCCGCCGGCCAGGUGCUGGAAGAAUCCCUCGGGAUGCAUCAUCGAAGAGCAGACAAACGGGCAUUCCAGGGUGACCUGGGUGGAGCACACCAGACGCCCCGAGUCCGCCGGGGCGCCGUCGAUGUACAGGGCAGUCACGGCGAGCGGCCUGGCGUUCGGGGCCAGGCGCUGGCUGGCCACGCUGCAGCUCCAGUGCGAGAGGAUGGUCUUCUCUGUGGCGACCAACGUCCCGACGAGGGACUCCAACGGGGUCUCCACGCUGGCAGGCCGGAGGAGCGUGCUGAAGCUGGCGCACCGGAUGACCGCGAGCCUCUGCCGCAGCAUCGGCGGGUCGCGUGGCCUGGCGUGGAGCAGGGUGACGAGAGCCGGCGCUGGGGACAUCCGGGUGACGUCCCGGAGGAGUGCCGGCGGCGAGCCGCAGGGGCUGAUCGUCUGCGCCGUGCUGUCCACGUGGCUCCCGGUCAGUCCCACGGCUCUCCUGGAUUUCGUAAGGGACGAAUCACGGCGGCCAGAGUGGGAUGCCACGCUGUCUGGAGGAACUGUUCAGCGUCGCGUGAACCUGGCCAAGGGAAAGGACCGUGGCAACUGCGUCACCGCCUACGCGGCCUCAUCGUCAGCAGGCGCCCAACACGGCGGCAAGUGGAUCGUGCAGGACAGCAGCUGCACCAGCUCGUGCGAGGCGAUCGUCGCGUACGCGCCGGUGGACGCGGCCGUCCUGCAGCCGGUCAUCAGCGGGCACGACUCCAGCGGCGUGGCCGUCCUGCCGUGCGGCUUCGCCGUCGUGCCGGACGGGCUGGAGUAUUCCAGGCCCGCGGUGAUCACGUCGUCGUCGAGGAAGGGAGACGUGGCGGCGGGGUCGCUGGUCACCGUGGCCUUCCAGGUCCUGGCCAGCUCGUCGCUGACGGCCACGCUCUCGCCGGAUUCGGCGGAGACCGUGAUCGGCCUGGUCUCCUGCACGCUGCGCGACAUCAAGAAGGCAUUGGGGUGCGAAGACCGCUAACAGUUCGUGCUCCGUACUAUACAAGAAUUUCUGAAGCCCAUUCAAGUAAUUAAUGAAAAUGUUUUUACAUGGUACUAGCAUGGUGGCCCGCGCGAAAUGCACGGGUUAGACCUAAUAAUCGUUGUUGUAUUGUUUUUAGCUGACGACUGUUUCUUUUUUAUACCUCUUUUGAUUGUUUGUCAUACUGGUAUACUCCUCUGGUUGGGUUUAUAAGCCUGCACGGGAUUUUAUGCAGAACUUUAGCGAAACAUUACUUGAUA